UGGAGACGGCGAGGGGCGGUGGCGGCGGGUGCGCGUUCGCGUUCGCGUCCGCGCGCGUGAGGGAGCGGGAGCGCGCGGCGAGCGGAGCGGAGCGGAGCGGGAGCCGAGCUGAGGAGAGGGCGGCGUCGGCCCGAGUCGGGGGGAGUCGGGCGGCGCCGGGCGGCGUCCGUUGCUCCUCGACGCCUCGCCCUCAAGCGCGUUUCUCCUUAGGGAACGGUUCCACCCCGUCCCCCCGCACCGCGGCGCGCUCGGGAGACCCCGUCCUUUCCACCGCCCCUCAGGCGAAGCCCCCCUCAGCGGCCCCGCUCGCCGGCCCGGGCAGCGCCUCGCCGCCCUCAGCCCGUCCUCCGCCGGCGGCCUCUCCGUCACGCCAUGGCUCUCUGCCGGCGGCUGGCCCGGCUGGCCGCCCACCUGCAGGACCCGCGGAAAGUGGCCGCCUUCCAGCGGCUCUGCGGGGUGGAGGGGCCUUCGGGCUGGGCCGACGCGGAGCAGCGGGCCGGGGGCCGCGGGUCGGUGGCUAACGGCGGCCCCGCGGCGGAGCGGGCGGGAGAGCGGGGGCAUCCCGCCGGGAACGGGACGGUGCCCGGCGGGGCUGCCCCCCCGCAGCGGUGGCGGAGGAGGCCGCGCCGUAACUCCCUCACGGAGGAGGACGGCAGCCAGGAGUUCUCCACCCGCAGCCGCUUCCUCUACUAUCUCUUCAGCCUGGGCACGGAGCUGGGCAACGAGCUCUUCUAUAUCCUCUUCUUCCCCUUCUGCAUCUGGAACUUGGACGCCUGGUUGGGCCGGAGGCUUAUCAUCAUCUGGGUGUGGGUGAUGUACCUGGGGCAGUGCACCAAGGAUGUCAUCCGCUGGCCGCGGCCUGCCUCCCCGCCCGUGGUGAAGCUGGAGGUCUUCUACAACUCCGAGUACAGCAUGCCCUCCACCCACGCCAUGUCGGGCACCGCCAUCCCCCUGGCGCUCCUGCUGCUCAGCUACGGCCGCUGGCAGUAUCCCCUUGUGUUUGGACUGAUCCUUGCAUUCUGCUGGUGUUCUUUGGUUUGCUGUAGCCGAAUUUAUAUGGGAAUGCAUUCAAUUUUGGAUGUUAUUGCUGGAUUUCUGUAUGCUAUUCUCAUCUUGAUUGUCUUCCAUCCAUUUGUGGACCUGAUUGAUAACUUCAACUUAACUUACAAAUAUGCACCCUUAAUUAUCAUCAGUCUCCAUUUAGCCCUGGGCAUCUUCUCUUUUACUCUGGACACCUGGAGCACAUCGCGAGGAGACACAGCACAGAUACUGGGCUGUGGUGCUGGAGUAGCCUGUGGCUCUCAUGUUAACUACGUAAUGGGUCUAAAGCUAGAUCCUCCUCCUGAUACGUUACCUUUAUCUCUUUCCUCCCUCACUGUGACUGUGUUUGGAAAAGCCAUGUUGCGGUUGUUGAUUGGAGUAAUAGUUCUGUUGUUAACAAAAGUAACAAUGAAAAAAGCCACUAUUCCACUGGCAUGUAAAAUAUUUUGCAUACCACAUGAUGAUGUACGGAAAGCAAGACAACGCAUGGAAGUUGAGCUUCCCUAUCGCUAUAUUACUUAUGGAAUGGUUGGGUUCUCCCUCAUGUUUAUUGUUCCUUGCCUCUUCCAUUUUAUUGGUCUUUCUUGAUGCAGUUUUUUCACUUCAAAUAGGGAGAACAGAGCUAGUUGCUUUUUGAAGAGGCGCGCUAGUUUGCUAAGGGAAGGCCAGUGAGCUUGGCUUUAGCAGGGUCUUCACUUUAACAGCAAUAUAUAGCAGGCAAAGCAUUUAAAGAACUUUGCACAUCUUUGGGUACGGUAUGGGGCCAGAAGUCAAAUAUCAGUGUACGAGAAGUGCUGAACUCUAUAAAUGCUAUGUCUAGACUUAUUGCUGUAACAAAGUCUGUGUGUGUGUGAUGGAAUGAAUGUAUCUGGAAUGUCUGUCAUGCUGUACCUGUGUACACUGACAUUUUAACAGGUAUGUCUGACAGCUAAUCAGAGAGCUCCAUUCAUGAUCUGUUUGCCAUUUCAUAGUAAUUUAUUCAAGUUGUUGGACCAUAGGCUGCUGAACUUGCUUUCCUCUAUUCUUUCCUGAAGUCCUGCUUCAAGAUGUUUCAGCUGAUAGGCAUUUCUAAUGGACCAAACUUGUAAUGAGGUUGAAUUUUUCUAAAAAAAAAAAACAACAAAAAAAAACCAACCCCAACAACAAACAGAAGCCUUUUUCUUUAAACCCCUCUACAGAGUAAAGUGUCUGGAUUGGCAUUGGUAGAUAUCACUAGAAUAUAUAUAAUUCAGGUACUGUAUUUUAUGGUUUAAUAACUGUGCCUUUCCGUUGCUAAAUUAAGAAAUGCCAUAUAUACUGUGAUGUAAAAAUGCCUGAUUUUAGUUAAAAUCCUACAUAAUUAGGCAGAUAUCUUUAAAUGUUAGAUUGUCCACGUUGCUGGCAUGAUUCAAGUUAACCAGUAUAUUCAGUUUAGCCUGAUCAAAAUUGCAUAAAUUAAAUGACCCAAGAAUCAUUUCCUUAAGCUCAAGAUAUUGUAAAUGGACAAGAAACCCUUUUGUAAGUAUUUUUAAUGUGUACUGUAAUUUACUGGAUGAGGAUAUAUUUUUCUGGAGAUUGUUUAUACAGUGGACAGAUAUGCAAAAUUAAUUAUCAAACCUUAUGAACAAUAAAAACACCCCAUUCUGCAAAGAAAUGGGACUCACUUAUUAUUCCAAACUGAUUUAGAAGGACCAUUGUUUUUAGAUAUUUGCUUAGAAAAUAUAAUCCUUAUUCUUGAAAAAAUACAUGUAUUUUUAUGCAUCAACAUACUAUAUUUAAAUGCGAUAUAACUUUUGCCCAAUUUAGAUAGCUAUAAGACAAUAUAAUAAUCAAAUUAAAUUUUUAAUCAUUCUGAUAGGCAGACUGUGAGCAGUCAAGAUGGUAUGGUCAAUGCAUAAAUGGUUUGUGCAUAUCUAAUUUUUACUGAACUAUUAUGCACUUUUCAGCUUUUCAUGAUCCUUUUUUCAGUGAUGAGUAGAAUAUGAUCCUUCAAGUGUAAUUUCAUGUGCCUCUUUUGUGUUUCAUUUUGUCUGUAAACAUGUUGCCUAAUCUGUUCUUUCCAUGUCAGGAACUGUCAUGUUGCAGCAAGAGCUGUCUUAUUGUCUGGCCAGACAUGAAUUUCCUAGUUUUGUACUGUAAGUUUUUAUCAGGAAAAACAUGAUUUGGUUGGGAAGUAUAGUGAUUAGAUAUAAAUUUUUGUAAAAAAUAUUUCAAAUUCAAAUUUUUGUGUUGGAGUUCAUAUCCAAAUUGUUGAUAUGUAAAUUAACAAAAUUAACUUUGUCUUCCCUCAGAGCAGUCAAAGUUAUGGUACGCUGGCAUUAGAUGAUGUGAAAAGCUAACUUUUCUGAUGCAUUUCUUCAGUGCGUUCAGAAUGCACCGCUAUGAAUGUAUUCUAACUGAUGUAUUCAGAACUGAGAGCGUGUUAAACAACUUCUAUAGUUGAAAAGACCUUACUACUAGAAAAUGGUUAGUUUGUUUCAGUGCAUAUUUCUGGAUUUGAUUUUUCUAUCUGUUCCUCUUUUGCAGUUUAAUGCUGAACGUGCAGUAUAAGGUCAACUGGUUCCUAAGUUUUUGAGGGAGGGGAUUUCCACCAGUUUGGCUUUGUGCACUAAGUCAUUAAAUAAAUAGCUGGGGGGAAUGUACACAAAAUGCCUUAUGCUUAAAGCCCUGAGCAAGUGGUGUAGUUCCAAUUAUAUUAAGUUAGUCUGAGGACUGGUGAAAAUAAAAGGAUACCUUUCUCUGAAAUUUAAGGCAUAUUCUUUUUAAACAUCCUAGCUUUACAGUUUAUAGCAAAAAUGUUUAAAUUCUAGCACAGAAGAGACAAGUGAGCAAAACUAAUUUUUUAAGGUACGUAUUUGACUUCUAUGAACUUCAAGUUUACAGCAAAAGAGUGUUCAUAAAGCUGUCUCUUCUGGCUGUGCUUGCUCUGUUGUACUGUUAAUGAAAAAUAAAAUCUACUGUGGAAGAUCCAUAAUGGGUGAAAACCAUAGGCACGGCUUUCAACAGGCUAAGGAAAAUUGCACUGUAGCUCAUUCUACAUGUUACUCAUAAAUAUAUAUAUCAUAUUUUUGUCACAAUCAGUAACUUCAAAAUGUCAUGUUCCGUGUACCACAAAGCCUAGUACACAGGAAACGUGUAUCAGAAUGUCUACACAGCACCUUUACAACCCUGUCUCUAAGACUGCAACUAGUUUACUGAUGUUCACCUGCAAAAAGUUUUACUAUUCUAUUUUCAUGUUUUGUAAGGGGCUAGGCUCAAGAGGGCAGUUUAGCACAAAAUGUCAUGCAAUAUGAACCCUGUUAUAGAAUAAAGAAUCACAGAAAUGCAAAAAUUUAAAAAUCCAACUUAAGUAUUUGUAUUUUAAUAUAUUUUUGUUUAAUAAUAAGCUAAGAUUCCUUCAGAUCAGGCAUAACAAAACAGCAGGUAAAACUGGAGCACUUUCUUUGCCCUAAGCUAUUGCUAGAGUUGAACAUGAAAAAUAUUCCCCAGUAAGAGCAUCAGCUGGUACCAAAUGAUUUAUAAAUAAAUUUAACAUAGCUUUAGAAGGUAGCUAAAUGUCUUUUCAGAAGAACAAUACACUUGAUACCUUUCACAAAGUGGUGCAAAAAGAUAUUCAUAUGUCACUGCUGGUGAACCUACUCAGUUCCAGGAGUAUAGUCCUAAAGAGAGAAAUACCACUACUUUAUAGAGGCAGAUAUAAAUACAUAUUUAUUACAAAAAGCUACAAGUUAAACUUGUCUUAUUUGAUUACUGUAUGAAAUAAAACCCAAAACUAACAGUCAUGUAGAGUGUAAUUUGGCACAAAAUUCUGUUUUUCAAGAGGCUGAAGAGACUUGAAUUAGUCUUAGACUGCCGUAUACAUAGGAGCAGGAUUUUUCUGACCUGGCCCUCAGUCAGAACUAACAUAUGCAUUGCAUCUUGGGUAAGUUUUAGAAUAUAUUAUUUUGUUAAAAAGGUUCGUAUUUGUUAAAAAAGCUAUUAUUUGCUUCCCAUACCAUGAACUGGGGCUGAAGCCUCUGUUCUGUGUGAUCACCUUUGAAGCUCUUCAGUCUCUGAUCCCAUUUGCCUUUCCACUUCACCUGCAAAUUGCGGCAGGGCGGGGUAGGGGAGAAGGGGAGGUGGAGAAGCUAUUUUAAGGUAAACUGGCAAACCAGAGGGAGUUGUAUGUUGUUUAUUCACUUGGAAUUUUUUUAAGCUAAUGGACAGUUUUUCUGAAAAUGAAAAACAAAACCAAACAAACCAACAACAACAAAAACCCCAAACAAACCAAACCCAGAAAGAUGCAUUUCUUCUAAAAUGGCAUCUCUAAAUGUAAUAUGUGGCUUUUUUUGCUUGUUUGUUUUACCAGAAGAGUGUUAAAUUGUCUGGAUCUCAAAAGCUAUUAUGUUUUCCUCUGCUACUACUUUUUAUUACCGCUUUCAGUAUUUUUUUACUCCAUUUCUUGCUUAUUUCCCAGGAAGUGUCCUGAACUUUUUCUGCGCAACUGCUACUUAUGUGAAGAUUGUAAUUUUGAACUUGUAAAUACUUAAGGGCUGUUAGUGGCUGUUAGCUGCUCAAAUACAGAAAAACAAACCUUGCAUGCUGUAAGUAAAUACAUCUGUUGUGCUAAAAGUUGUUUCUAUUUCAGUAUUUACUUUCUCAAUACAAAACUGAGAUUUUUUUCACACACAAUACAUAAGAUAUUUAAGAAUUCACUGGUAUGAAGGGGCAUUGCUGUCUAACGCCUGUUAACUUUACGGGAGUUCUGCACCUAGUUCCUUCCGUAUUAACGCUGAGAACGAACCCUGAAGGUCAUGUCCAUGCUCUGGCAUGCGCACAGGCAUCCGUGUGUGUGAAGUGACUUCCCUUCUAAGGUGUAAGUAAUAUUCUUGCUCUUGAGGUCUGAGAGAUUGUUCUUUUUAAAAUCAUACUUAGCCCAGUUUUUACAAGACUUUUAAAGGGCUUAACUUGGAAGCUGUUUCUUAGGAGCUGGAAUGGCCUGUACAUUUGCAACAAUUAAUUGAUGUUUUCCCCUCUGUACCACAAUUGUGCUGAAUGACAAGGUCCCAGAAUAAUGUCAGUAGACAAAAUAAUGACAGGAGAAUUGAUAUCUUGGGGUAUUGUGACUCAACUUACUGUAACUGAUCCUUGGGUGCGUUUUUUGGUCCAAUGUAGAAUGUUUCCAGGUUAUACAAUUUAUUUCUAUAUUCUACAAAUGACUUUGAGGAAACUUUGACUUUUUUGUGGGAGGAAGUCUCACUGAAUGACUUUAUGCCAGAACUUUGUUCUAGUGGAAAGCUUAAGUGGCCUAUUUGUUUCAGAAAAAAUAUAUAAGCCUAUUUUAAAACUUACUCUAAAUACCAUAUUUGUCAAAUUGAUAGAUCAGUUGGGUCACUAAUGUUGUUUUUCUUCCUAUAAUACUUCAUGAAACAAAAGCAAACAAAGCUUAAUUUGGAAACAAAAUGUGAUAUCAUGUGGCAGAGAGGGAUAUAGGUCUUUAGAUGUUCCCUAAAAAGCAAAUAUUGCCUGCUGGAGGUGAAGCAGAUUUAACUAUGCAUUAGACAAAAUUCCUUGCACUCCGUUCUGCACCAGAAAUAAUUUCCAUGUCGGUAAGAGUCCAUUUAACAAAACGAAGCAAAGCAAUAUGUGCUUGCAGUGUAUAAUUGGUAACUGUUCCUGUAGAAUCAAAGAAGAUUAGAGGGUACAUGGGAGAAUACUACCUUAAACAUAUUGACCAGUAAAUGUACAUAGAGAGUCCUAUCAAGUUGGAGAAUUUUAUUAGCUACUAAACUUUGACUAAAUUAGUCAUUAAAUUUUUCCCACAACUUUAUUUUUGUUAGAAAGACAAGGGUGAUAUUCCUGAAAUGGAAAUUAGAUCUUAAGACAAUUCUAGAUGUCUAAAAUAUCAUAACUGAAAAAGAUCAGUUCAGGAGCUAGUAACCUGAAAAGUAAGAGCCAAGUCUGAGGGGGAUUUUGUAUUAAACAUAAUGCACUAAAAAAGGAUGCCAAAAUUUGGCCUGUACUUGAUUUAUAUGAAAUCUGUAGUAAAUAUAGAGAUACAUAUAAUAUAUUGCAUAUUGGAGUUUCACUUUUUUAUGUAUAGAUUUUUUUCUUAUUACUGCAUUCCCUGAUAAAAGGAAGUGUUCAUAAAAUGUAAAACAGCUCUGUCUGUAUAUGGAAAGACUGUUAGUGGUAUUUCAAGAAAUAAUGUAGUCAUAACCCCCAAUCUCUCAACCUCUUGGAGAACUAUAUUUAAAUAAAUAAAUAAAUAAAGUACUUCCAAAUGCAACCCAUGAGUGAGUUGAGGAUCAUAUAGCGGUUGCUGUAUAAUAGUGUACAACUGAUGAUUUAAAGAUCAAUACAUUGGAACUUUUUGUUUUUGUUAAUGAUUUUGUACUUGUACACUUUCUGCAGUUGUCAACUAAUAUUUAAACUCACAUUGACUGGUAACUGAAGUGUCUAACUUCAUCUGCAAUGAGUGGGUAAUAAACUACUGUUGGAUUCA